AUGACCAAACGCAACAUCCUCCUCAUGAUAGCCGACGACCUAGGCAAACAACUAGGCUGCUACGGCAACAACAAAAUCCAAACCCCAAACAUAGACCAACUAGCCUCAGAAGGAACGACAUUCACCCAAGCCUUCACCUCAACAGCCUCCUGCAGCGCCAGUCGCUCAGUAAUCUACACAGGCCUACACACGCACCAGAACGGCCAGUAUGGACUACACAAUGGACGACACCAUUUCACAACCUUCGACCACGUCGAAACAGCCCCAGCCUUAUUCUCAGCACGGGGCUAUGCAACAGGUCUGAUUGGCAAAGUGCAUGUUGGUCCUUCGGGCGUUUAUCCAUGGGAUAUGCGCGCUGAGAGUGAUAGUCGUGAUGUGGCACUUGUUUCAGACCAGGCUUCUGCAUUUUUCAAGAAAGGUGCAGAUGAUGGCCAGCCAUUCUUUUUGACGAUUGGGUUUAUUGAUCCGCAUCGCGAUUUGACGAGGUCUGGGUUUGGGAACCAGGAGGUUUAUGACCCGCGUGUUAAGAGGGUUGAGUAUAGACCUGAGGAUGUGGAGAUCCCAUCUUUUGUGAAUGAUUUGCCUGGGGUAAGGUAUGAGUUUGCGGAAUACUAUCAGUCUAUUUCAAGACUGGAUCAGGGUGUUGGGAUGGUGCUGGAUGGAUUGAAGAAGUCUGGGUUGGCGGAUGAUACACUCGUUCUCUUUAUGAGUGAUAAUGGCCCGCCAUUCAUCAAUUCCAAGACGACUCUUUAUGACGCUGGUGUGAGUUUACCGUUGAUCAUGAAAUGUCCCGGUUCAUCUGCUGGCACUGUCAACCCGAAUAUGGUCUCCUACGUCGAUAUCCUUCCCACACUCCUCAACUGGGCAGAACAUCCCAACCCAUCCCACCCAGCCCGAACAGGCCGUUCAAUUCUGCCAGUUUUGGACGAAACAUCCGGACUCGAAAACUGGAGCCAGAUCUUUGGCUCACACACAUUCCAUGAAGUAACAAACUACUGGCCAACUCGCAUGAUGCGAAACAGACGGUAUAAAUACCACCGCAACAUCGCCUGGCGCUUGGAUUUCCCCUUUGCGGCUGAUAUCUACGGCUCGUUGACAUGGGAGGAGAUCCGGAAUGCAGAGAACUGCCCGAAGAUGAUCGGGUCGAGGCCGUUGAAAGAUUAUUUCUUCCGACCUGCGGAGGAGCUUUAUGAUAUCCAGGCUGACUCCGAUGAGGUGCGGAACCUGGUUGGUGAGGCUGAGUAUCAGUCUGUUCUUGAGGAGAUGAGGGCUACCGUUGAGAAGUGGCAGCGGAGGACCGAGGAUGCUUGGUUAUACCGGGAUGGGGUUUCUUUGAUAUUUGUUAGGCAUCAUCUUGGUGGUGGGCUUGAUGUGCCUGAUCGGUGGGAUUUUGAUGUUGAGAGACCUGAGAGUAAGGGGGUUACUUCUUUUGCUGGAGAUUUGCCCUGGGGGCCGGAUGUUGAGAUGUGA